UCAUGGCGGUGACGAGCUGAAGCUACCGGGGGUAAAUCAGGAAGAGAAACGCCGCGCAGCUGGGUGAACGUUCACGUUUAGGCGACGGGGAGAGGACCGAGCGGACUACCUGUCCUUCCGUCCACUUCUACCGGAGCUUGCAGACGGACUUAACCCCCCCCAACCACCACCCCAACACACACACAUUUUUAUCCAGUUUGUGAGUUUAUAUUUUCUUGCUUCUGCCAAGCGCGUUACCUGUCAAGUGUCUGCACUCCAGUGACAAUAGCAACUUCCACGGCUGCACGGAGACGUUCAAGUCACCUCCACCGGCGUCGGACCGAGCAGAGAGGGGUCAAGACUUUAAGCUCAUCUGGAUGGGGAGGAAAACGUGUGUGCCUGCGUGCUGUCAACAACUCCUCUGAAGGGGACGCAGAGCCCUUCUUUCUCCUCUCCGACUGCUCCGCCACCAUUGGAGGUGAACAGGUGCCUUACCUGUGAACGCCACCUGUCCUCCCUCCCCUCCUCCUCCUCCCUUUCCCCCACACCCACCCCCCUUAGCAAUGGCUAGCGAGGAGACGGCGGGCGCUGCUCAGCCGGGCGACGGAAAGGACGGGAGAUCGGUCCCCAUGGCGCUCAACCCCGCGGUGCCCAUCCGGGGGAUCAAGAUGAAAUUCGCCGUGCUCGCCGGCCUGGUGGAAGUUGGGGAAGUUUCCAACCGAGACAUUGUGGAGACGGUGUUCAACCUGCUGGUCGGCGGCCAGUUUGACCUUGAGAUGAACUUCAUCAUCCAAGAACCCGAGAGCAUCGUGUGCAUGGUGGAGCUGCUGGACAAAUGUGAGCCCACCUGUCAGGCCGAGGUCUGGAGCAUCUUCACCGCCAUCCUCAAGAAGAGCGUCCGCAACCUGCAGGCGUGCACCGACGUGGGGCUCAUCCAGCUGGUGCUCCAGCGGAUAUCCACCACGGACAGCAUGAUCGCAGACCUACUGGUGGACAUGUUGGGCGUCCUCGCCAGCUACAGCAUCACAGUAAAAGAGCUGAAGCUUUUCUUCAGCAAACUGCAAGGGGAGAAAGGCCAGUGGCCUCGUCAUGCAGUGAAGCUUUUGUCAGUUCUGAAGUACAUGGCCCACAGGAAUGGCCCUGACUCAUUCUUCAGCUUUCCAGGGAAAAAUGCAGCGGCUAUAGCUCUGCCUCCUAUAGCAAAAUGGCCGUACCAGAACGGGUUUACCUUCCACACAUGGCUCCGCAUGGAUCCUCUCAACAACAUCAAUGUAGACAAAGACAAGCCUUACCUGUACUGUUUUCGCACCAAUAAAGGCAUGGGUUACUCUGCACACUUUGUGGGUGGCUGUUUGAUAGUGACCUCAUUAAAAUCGAAGGGGAAAGGAUUCCAGCACUGUGUAAAGUACGACUUCAAACCACAGAAGUGGUACAUGGUGACUCUCGUUCACGUCUACAACCGCUGGAAAAACAGUGAGAUUAGCUGCUAUGUGAACGGGGAACUGGCUUCCUUUGGAGACAUCGCCUGGUUUGUCAGCACCAGUGACACGUUUGACAAGUGUUUCCUGGGAUCGUCUGAGACAGCAGAUGCCAACCGUGUGUUCUGCGGUCAGAUGGGAGCAGUCUACCUGUUUGGAGAGGCUCUCAGCGCUGCUCAGAUCCUGGCUAUCUAUCAGCUGGGACCGGGUUACCAGGGCACGUUCAAGUACAAAGCAGAGAGUGACUUACUGUUCGCCGAGCAUCAUAAGACCUUACUGUACGAUGGAAAGCUAUCUUCAUGUAUUUCCUUCGCUUAUAACCCUCGAGCCACAGAUGCCCAGCUCUGCCUUGAGUCCUCCCCCAAGGACAACGCCUCCAUUUUCGUCCUCCCCCACGCACUCAUGCUGCAGGAUGUGAAGGCCGUGGUGACGCACUCGGUCCAGAGUGGCAUUCACUCGAUCGGAGGCGUGCAGGUCCUCUUCCCUCUGUUUGCACAGCUGGAUUAUUGCCAGCCUUCCAGCCAAGAGCUGGACACCUCUGUCUGCUGCACUUUGCUAUCCUUUGUGAUGGAGCUCUUGAAGAACUCAGUGGCUAUGCAAGAGCAGGUCCUGGCCUGCAAAGGCUUCCUCGUCAUCGGCUACACUCUGGAGAAGUCUUCCAAGGUGCAUGUGACGCGGCCCGUCCUGGACAUUGUGCUGGCCUUUUCCAGAUACCUUAGCAACUUGCAGAAUGGCAUCUUGCUGCUCAAGCAGCUGUGCGACCACAUUCUGUUCAACCCCGCCAUCUGGAUCCAUGCCCCUGCCAAGGUGCAACUGACACUCUACACCUACCUAGCAACAGAGUUCAUCAGCACAGUGACCAUCUACAACACCAUUCGCAGGGUGGGCACUGUGCUUCAGGUCAUGCACACAAUGAAAUACUACUACUGGGUCGUCAACCCCCAGGACCGCAGUGGAGUCGUGCCCAAAGGCCUGGAUGGUCCAAGGCCGAACCAGAAGGAGAUCCUUUCUUUGCGAGCCUUUCUGUUGUUGUUUGUCAAGCAGCUCAUAAUGAAGGAUCAUGGAGUGAAGGAAGAUGAGCUACAGAGCAUCCUCAACUACCUCCUGACCAUGCAUGAGGAUGACAAUCUCAUGGAUGUACUGCAAUUGUUGGUGGCUCUGAUGUCUGAACAUCCCGGGUCCAUGGUCCAGGCCUUCGACCAGCGCAACGGGAUUCGUGUGAUUUACAAGCUUCUGGCCUCAAAAAGUGAAGGAAUAAGAGUGCAGACACUCAAAGUGAUGGGCUACUUUCUGAAACACUUGCCACCAAAGAGGAAACCUGAGGUCAUGCUGAGUCAUGGCCUUUUCUCACUGCUCACCGAACGCCUGAUGCUCCACUCCAGCCAGUUCACCAUGACAACCUACAAUGUGCUCUUCGAGAUUCUUACAGAGCAGAUCUGCACUCAAGUGAUCCAUAAACAGCAUCCGGACCCCGACUCCACUGUGAAGAUUCUCAACCCACAGAUUCUGAAGAUAAUAGCUGCUCUGCUGAAGACCUCUCCCCCAUCCCCCGAGAGCAUGGAGGUGCGCAAGGUCUUUCUGUCAGACAUGAUCAAACUGUUCAAUAACAGCCGAGAGAACCGCAGGAGCCUGCUGCAGUGCUCCGUGUGGCAGGAGUGGAUGAUCUCUCUGUGCUUCAUCAACCCGCAGAACAGCGAGGAGCAGAAAAUCACGGAGAUGGUGUACGCCAUCUUCCGCAUCCUGCUCUACCACGCCAUCAAAUAUGAGUGGGGCGGCUGGCGCGUCUGGGUGGACACCCUGUCCAUCACCCACUCCAAGGUCACCUUUGAGCAGCACAAAGAGAAUCUGUCCCGUAUGUUCCGUCAGUACCAGCGUCAGGAGUCUGCAGGCUCUCUGAGCACACUCCGAACCAUCUCUGGCGUCAGCCAAAGCUCGGAGACCAUGGAAUGUUUCAACGGGCCACCUUCAGAGGAGACAGCCCCGUCCACUGUCAUCGAGCUCAGAGUGGACGAGCUGUCCCAGAAGUCCCCCGACUCGGCAUCCAGUUCCACCGUCACUUCCAGCCCACCGGAGGCUGCUGGUGGAAGGGGACAAGCAUCUAUCACCGUGUCCAACAUUCUGGCCAGCGCAGAAGAAGAAGAGCAGAAGUUGGUUCAGGAGGCUUCCAACGACGGCUCAGGUGGAAAAGAGACUAAAGCUACUGUGACACAAAAAGACGAUACAGAGGAGGAAAGUGAAGAGACAAAGAAGCAGGAACCAGUGACUGAGGCUUCCACUGACAAGAACACUGACGAUACACAAACAUCAGUUGGCGACCAGGAUGAAACCGAAGACACAAAAGCAAUGGAAGAGGUUAAAGACUCUGCGACAACAUCUGCGAGUGAAGAAACACCUGUUGCAGAUGAUGAAAAAUCUGAAGCUACCAAACGUGAAUCAUCAAACUCCAUGACAGAAGACUCUUUGAAUGAAGCAGGUACAGAACAAGAAGGUGAAACUGACCAAACAUCCACUGAGGACGCGGCCCGUCUGGACAACAGUGUGCUGGGUGGAGCCUCCGUCUUCAACGAGGACCUGGUUGACGUGUCCUCCGUCAGUGACCAGAUCCACACCAGUGAUGCUGAUGAUAGCCAAGAGGAGUCUUCUUAUGCCUCAGCUGAAGCCGGAGAGGAAGGGAAGAUGGGCAAAAAGGAGGAUGAUAAGCAUGAUGAUGAUGAAGACAAGAAAGAUGAUCAGGAAGGUCAGGAGAUGAAGACAGACGAAGAAAAAGAUGAGAAGCAGGAAGUUGGAACGCAAGAUGGGAGUGAAACUGAAGAGAAACAGGAGAGUCAGGCUCCUCCAGCUGAAACACCUGAACAAGGUGAGGCAGAACCAGCCAAAGAGAAUGUUAAAGAUGAACCGUCUUCCUCUGCAGACCAGCAUCCUUCAGAUACCACACUGCCCUCUGCAGGCCAGGAGGUCGCAGCAGCAUCGGACUCCACCUCACCUAGCCAGCCUUCAGAGACCACCGACACCACUGAAGAGGACACUCUGUCCUCUCCCACAGACGGCACCACCGUCGCCGCCGCCGCCGCCGCCUCCACCUCUGACACCCAGAAGAGUGCAGACUCUGUCAGCAAGACCAAAGAGAUCAAAAUCGCCAGACUAGAUGUGUCCAAUGUGGCCUUAGACACAGAGAGACUUGAAUUAAAGGAGACCUAUACAACAGAAACAAGCCAAGGCCAGCCAGCAGCAGCAGCAGCAGCAGCAGCAGCAGGAGGGUCUUCAGGUCAGCAGAGAGACGGCACUUCGGCCCCUCGCUCCACCAUGUUUCGUAUCCCAGAGUUCCGCUGGUCCCACAUGCACCAACGUCUCCUCGCUGACCUGCUCUUCUCUAUUGAGACAGAUGUCCAGAUGUGGAGGAGUCACUCCACAAAGACAAUUCUGGACUUUGUGAACAGCAGCGAGAACGUCGUGUUUGUCCACAACAGCAUUCACCUCAUCUCCCAGGUGGUGGACAACCUCAUCAUGGCUUGUGGAGGCAUUUUACCUCUGCUCUCUGCUGCCACUUCCUCCUCUCAUGAACUGGAGAACAUUGAACCAUCCCAAGGCUUGACGGUGGAGGCUUCAGUCACUUUCUUACAGCGCCUCGUCAACCUGGUGGACGUUCUCAUCUUUGCCAGCUCCCUCAACUUCACUGAGAUAGAAGCUGAGAAAAACAUGUCGUCAGGAGGAAUCCUCAGACAGUGCCUUCGCCUCGUGUGUGCUAUGGCAGUGAGAAACUGCCUGGAGUGUCAGCAAGCCCAAUUUAGGCAUGGCGCAGAGGCCUCAGCACGCAGCUAUACAGCCAUGCCCAGCAGUGGGAGUGGAGCUGCCAUGUCUGUAGCCGCGCAGAGUCCUGUUGAUGCAGUGACCGGUGGGAUGUCUCCAGUCAGAGACCUGGACCGGCUUCUACAGGACAUGGACAUUAACCGCCUCAGGGCCGUCGUCUUCAGAGAUAUCGAGGACAGUAAGCAGGCUCAGUUUCUGGCGCUUGCUGUUGUUUACUUCAUCUCAGUACUCAUGGUGUCUAAAUACCGCGACAUCCUGGAGCCCCACAAUGACAAGAAACACCCCCAACGAUCCCAGUCUGCCAGGAGCACAGAUAGCGGUGCCAUUUCUGGUGGACUAGAAGUAGAGAAUGGCGUCUCCCUCCGGCGGUACGAUUCCGGCAUCGGCGAUGACCACACCUCGACCGCCGCAAGCGAGGCAGACCUGUCAUCCUCUGGCGUGACUCACGGUCCAGACGCCAUCUCAGAGGCCCUGUCCACACUGUCUUCCGAGGUCAGACCUUCGCUGCCCGCCGAUUCAAAGGGCAAGAAUGUGAAGGACAUUCUACGCAGCCUGGUGAGCGCUCCGGCUGAUGAUAUCAUGGUGGAUCCAAGUCUGCUGCCACCGGCGUUCCUAGGAAGUGUGGGCAACGCAGCCAGAGAAUCACUACAGUUCCGCUCCUUUGAUAGAAGUGUCGUCGUUGCACCCAAGAAAUCGGGCAUGGCACCACCUCCAUCCACUAACGUCCCAGCAGCCACUGCUUCUUCUGUGUCUGGUGGGACACCUAUCGACAGCGUCGCGGUAGUAUCUUCUGGUGACGCGUCACAGAGCACCUCUGCAGACUCUGCAGCUACAGGCGGCCAGGUUCCAGCCAGCGCUAGCCUGCCAUCUGUCCCCCCACUCUCCCCUGUGACCCAGAACACAGCCCCCAAUAUGAGCAUCUCAGAACGUCUGGAGCAUGCUCUAGAGAAGGCAGCUCCUCUGCUGAGAGAGAUCUUCGUGGACUUUGCUCCCUUCCUCUCUCGGACUCUGCUGGGCAGCCACGGACAAGAGCUCCUUAUUGAAGGCACGAGCCUGGUGUGCAUGAAGUCCAGCAGCUCAGUGGUGGAGCUUGUCAUGCUUCUGUGUUCACAGGAAUGGCAGAACUCCAUCCAGAAGAACGCUGGUCUCGCCUUUAUCGAGUUGGUCAACGAGGGCAGGCUGCUGAGCCACACCAUGAAGGACCACCUGGUUCGUGUGGCUAACGAAGCUGAAUUUAUCCUGAGCCGACAGAGAGCUGAAGACAUCCAUAAACAUGCAGAGUUUGAGUCGAACUGUGCUCAGUACGCAGCGGAGAAGCGGGAUGAGGAGAAAAUGUGCGACCACCUGAUCCGAGCAGCCAAGUACCGCGACCACGUGACCGCCACGCAGCUCAUCCAGAAGAUAGUCAACAUCCUGACUGACAAACAUGGAGCCUGGGGAAGAUCCUCCAGAAGCCGGCCGAGGGAGUUCUGGCGCCUGGACUACUGGGAGGACGAUUUAAGGCGGCGACGUCGCUUCAUCAGGAACCCCUCCGGAUCCACUCACUCAGAGGCUACGCUCAAAGCCGCGGCCGAACACGUGGCUGAAAUCAGUGCGUCCGAGGAUGAUGUUCUCAAAGGCAAGCAGUCCAUCAGGAGCCAGGCUCUGGGAAAUCAGAACUCGGAGAGUGAGACAUUGCUUGACGGAGACGAUGACACUCUGUCAUCCUUAGAGGAGAAGGAUCUGGAGAACUUAACGGGCCCAGUAAACUUGAGCGCCAGCGCCCAGCUGGUGGCUCCGGCCGUGGUGGUGAAAGGCACUCUGUCCGUCACCGCCUCCGACCUCUACUUCGAGGUGGACGAAGACGAGCUGGGCUUCAAGGCCAUCGAUCCAAAGAUUUUAGCCUAUACAGAAGGUCUCCAUGGAAAAUGGCUGUUCACAGAGAUCCGUGCGGUCUUUUCCAGACGCUACCUACUGCAAAAUACUGCUCUGGAAAUCUUCAUGGCCAACAGAACGGCAGUUAUGUUCAACUUCCCAGACGCAGCCACAGUAAAGAAGGUGGUCCACAGUCUUCCUCGUGUUGGAGUGGGGACGAACUUUGGCCUUCCACAGACCAGACGCAUCUCUCUGGCCACACCAAAGCAGCUAUUCAAGGCAUCCAACAUGACCCAACGCUGGCAGCGCCGCGAGAUAUCCAACUUUGAUUACCUCAUCUUUCUCAACACCAUCUCUGGUCGGACCUACAAUGACCUGAACCAGUACCCGGUCUUCCCCUGGGUUAUAACCAACUACGACUCGGAGGAACUUGACCUCACUCUGCCCAGCAACUUCAGAGAUCUGUCCAAGCCCAUCGGUGCUCUCAAUCCCAAGAGGGCAGCAUUCUUUUCAGACCGAUAUGAGUCCUGGGAGGACGAUCAGGUGCCGAAGUUCCACUAUGGUACCCACUACUCCACCUCCAGCUUCACCAUGAUGUGGCUACUGCGUAUGGAACCCUUCACCACGUUUUUCCUGAACUUCCAAGGAGGGAAGUUUGACCACGCUGACCGCACCUUCUCCUCAGUGUCCCGCGCCUGGAGGAACUGCCAGAGAGACACGUCUGAUGUUAAGGAGCUGAUCCCAGAGUUCUACUACCUCCCCGAGAUGUUUGUCAAUGCUAACAGCUACAACCUGGGAGUGAUGGAGGACAGAACCGUAGUCUCUGAUGUGGAGCUGCCACCUUGGGCCAAGAGCCCAGAGGAGUUUGUACGCAUCAAUCGCCUGGCUCUGGAGAGCGAGUUUGUGUCCUGCCAGCUCCACCAGUGGAUCGAUCUGAUCUUUGGCUACAAGCAGCAGGGACCUGAAGCCACCAGAGCCCUCAAUGUUUUCUAUUAUCUGACCUAUGAAGGUGCAGUCAACCUCAGCUCAAUCAACGACCCAAUGCUCAGAGAGGCUGUGGAGUCCCAAAUUAGGAGUUUUGGACAGACCCCCUGCCAGUUGCUCAUCGAACCACACCCUCCCCGAAGCUCAGCCAUGCAAGUGACCCCGAUGAUGUUUACGGAGCAGAUGCAGCAGGAUGUUAUCAUGGUGCUGAAGUUCCCAUCCAAUUCUCCUGUGACCCACGUUGCGGCAAACACUCAGCCGGGUCUAACGUCACCUGCGAUCAUCACUGUCACCGCAAACCGCAUCUUUUCUGUCAACAAGUGGCACGGCUUGUCUGGUCAUCAGAGCUCAACGGUGCAGGACCAGCAGUACCAACUUCCUGUGGAAAUUGACCCUCUGAUAGCCAGUAACGUGGGCAGUCAUCGUCGUCAGAUCUCAGACCUGCUAGAUCAAAGCAUUCAGAUCAGCUCGCAGUGUUUCAUCAUCACAGCCGACAACCGCUUCAUCCUUCUGUGCGGUUUUUGGGACAAGAGCUUCCGGGUUUACUCAACUGACUCAGGCAAACUGACUCAGAUAGUGUUUGGGCAUCGUGACGUGGUGACGUGUCUGGCACGCUCUGAGUCCUACAUUGGAGGAGACUGCUAUGUGCUGUCAGGCUCCAGAGAUGCCACCCUGCUGCUGUGGUACUGGAACGGAAAGCACAACAGCAUUGGAGAGAGCCCAGGCACAGAGUUUACUACACCGAGGGCCAUUUUAACAGGCCAUGACUGUGAAGUGACAUGUGCAAGUGUGUGUGCAGAACUGGGUCUCGUCAUCAGUGGCUGCAAAGAGGGUCCUUGUCUGAUCCAUUCCAUGAAUGGGGACCUGCUUCGGACCCUGGAGGGCCCAGAACGCUGCCUGCGGCCUCGUCUCAUCCAGUCCUCCACUGAGGGACACUGUGUGAUCUACUACGACAAGGGACAGUUUUGUCACUUCAGUGUCAACGGCAAGCUGCUGGGACACAUGGAGGUGGAAGACAGCAUCAAGGCCAUGUAUCUCAGUCGGGAUGGCCAGUAUCUGCUGACAGGCGGUGAUGGAGGUGUAGUAUCUGUCUGGCAGGUCCACGACCUCAAACAGCUGUUCACCUACCCAGGCUGUGACGCAGGAAUCCGCUCUAUGACCAUGUCGCAUGACCAAAGGUGCAUCAUAACUGGCAUGGCUUCUGGAAGUAUCGUGCUCUUCUACAACGACUUCAACAGAUGGCACCACGAGUACCAGACCAGGUACUAAGCUGACAACAGCAGCAACUUGACUGACAACGUUGGAUACUGAUGAAGAUCCAAAUGGUUGCAAGUGUGAACUCUUAUCAAAGGCACUAUUCUGUCUAUAUUGUGAUAUCCUGAAUGUAUCUUAAUGAAAGAAAAAAAAAAAAACUGUCCUGUUAUAGUAAAAGAAUCUGAACUAUUUUUAAGAAAAGGGCAUUGCUAUAUUUUGUAGAUCAGAUAGAAACCUUUCAUAUAAAUCACAGGGUGGGGGUUAUGUUACUGUACGGUUAAAAACAAAUCUAUUUUUAGCUGUAAGAGUCUAUUUUCGUCUCCUCCGGAAAACAAACGAGGGAUUUGUGGGGAGCUAGUGAGAACCUUUUCUCUUGACUUAAAAAUCCAAAUAUUUGUGUAUUUUAGGGCGAGUGAUUUUUUUCUUUUUUCCUGUAGGUGUGUGUGGGGAAUUAUUAAGCUAUCAUUCACGUUGACCAUGCUUUUUGACAACACAGUUGGUAUAUAGGAAUUGUUUGAAUAAAUAAUAGAUGUAUUGGACAGAAGGAUAAACAAAGAGGGAAUAUAAAUAUAUAAAUAUCUAUAUAUUCUGUUUAAUUGUACUCCUCCAUAUUUAAAAUUUCCAUUCCCUCUGUACUUCUAUGCUUGCUAAGAGAUUGCAUUUCUGUGCAUGGCUCACUACUCAUAUAAAACAUAUCAGUGAAGAACUAUUGCAUUAUAAUUUAAUACUUUAAACAUCAAUAAACACCAAACUUCCCACUCAGUGAUUUUAAAGAUGAGCUUUAUGUUAAGGAGGAUGUCAGGAAAAUCAUGUCAAGGAUUGCUUUUCAAUUUUUUUCCCAAAUGACUGAAACAGGGAAUCAUUUUUCUGGGAAUCUGUAUUGAUGUCUGUGAUGGAAGGACUGCGUGUAUGAGAUCAAUAAUCAUAUCGCGUCAUAUCGUCAUACCAAGUGCCCAAGCCAGCUAAAUUCAUCUUUAAAGUCCUCUUUGAGUCCUGUCUCUCUAACAGCGAAGUGAGAUGUGCAAUGACAGGAAGGACUUUUUUUCUAUUCCAGUCUGAGGUUCUUUCUCUUCUUUUCAUCACAGGAUGAGUGAUUAAGUUGAGAUGUUAUUCAGUGAUGAAUUGCAACGUGACAUAUUCCUUUGAUCCUCACUAAAAUAAACGUCCACUUGUAUCUCUUGAUUUUGGGGGAACCAAUCCUUUAAAGUUUGUGCUUUGAUGUGGUUUGAAUCUCCGGUUAUAUGAGAACUACGGUUAUCUAUCAACCAAUGUUUUUUGCAAUCAUUUGAGUGUUUUGUGUGCUGAGUUCUGACAAUA